AUGUCUCCCAAGUCUGUGCUCGUCGUCUGCUUGGGCAAUAUCUGCCGCUCGCCCAUGGGAGAAGCAGUCCUGAAGCAUAUCGCAUCUGAGCGAGGUAUCGAUCUCGAAGUGAACAGCGCAGGCACUGCUGGGUAUCACGUCGGCGAGGAACCAGACGAAAGGACGGUUGCUGUAUGUCGAAAGCAUGGCGUCCCGAUCUCGCAUGAAGCACAACAAGUUCACGCCGAAGAUUUCCGCAAAUAUGACUACAUCUUAGCCGCCGAUGAAUCCAACCUCCGGAACCUCGAGCGGAUAAAGCCAAGAGACUCUAAGGCUGUUGUUCGCUUAUGGGGCUCUUACUUGGACAACAAACCUAUCAACGACCCAUACUACGGCGGCAUUAGCGGCUUUGAGACAUGUUACCAGCAGUGCGUUCGAUUAUCGCAUGCCUUCCUGGACGAGAUCGAGGGAAAGAAGUCGUCUUCCAACCUUUAG